GAUUUGCACGUUGUCAGCAUGGACAGCACACCGGUCGGCAAACCCGGCGAAUACUUGGCCAGCCAGCUGUUCCGUCUCACCGUCCAGUGCCAGGGAACGAAGCUGGAUGGUGCGAAUGGUUGCAAAAAGUUGGUUGUUAAAAUACAACCGGACAAAGGCAUUGUAGCCGACACGAUGGACUCAAGCUUGUUCAAAACGGAGCUUAAAAUGUACGGCGAAUUCUUGCCCAAGAUGGAACGCAUGCUGGCCGAAAACGAACGGCCGGUACUGCUGCCCAAAUGCAUCCACGUGAGCGCAGUUCCCCAGCCAAUCGUCAUACUGGAAGAUCUCGCGCCGGCCGGUUGGAAGGGACACGAUCUGAUCGAAAGUUUCGAGGAAGCGAAACCGGUCACUACCGCCAUCGCACGGUUUCAUGCGGCUUCAUUCUAUCUUAGCAAAAACAAAACUGAUUUUGAAAGCUUCCAAACGGACCUCUUCGAGAAGAAGCAUCCGGUGCUCGAGUGGAUGUUCGGUAAAAACCUGAAGGCGUUCAAUGAGGCCCUGCGCACAUGGCAGGGUUGCGAGCGGUUUGUUGAGCCGUUCGAGCGCGCCUUUGCCGAUUAUGCCGAUCGGCUGCACAACAUCUACAGCUGCAAAACGUCGGGCCGCCUGUACAAUGUGCUCAACCAUGGCGAUUUCCAUGCGAAAAAUCUACUCCAUCAGUUUAACGACGAGAAUGGUAUCGUGGAGUCGCGGUUCCUGGAUUUUCAGGCCUGCUGCUGGUCGACACCGGCGAUCGAUCUGUACUACCUGUUGAACAACAUCGUGCACUACAAGGUGAAGGCAGCGCACAAGGAUGAUCUGCUCUCCUUCUAUCAUGCCGAGUUUAGUGCUACGCUGAAAGCGAUCGGAUUUCUGGGAUACAUCCCGACGAUGCUCGAUCUCCAGAUCGAGCUGCUGCGGAACGGAUUUCUCGGUAAGUGGAAGAAGGAAGAAGCGUAUGUAAGUUUACAUAAAAUUCCACCGGAAAAGCUUGCCUCGGGUGAGGUGGGCAACUUGGGGCUGGAGAGCGAAGAGUAUCAAACGCUUAUGAAGUCACUCAUUCCCGGCUACGUGUACAAGGGACUGUUGGAAUAG